AUGUAUGUUUGUGUGAUCAAAUCGAAUCAUAAUUCAGGAAGUCGCGACACGAUGUUUACAAAAAUAUUUGUCGGUGGUCUACCGUAUCAUACAAGCGAUAAAACACUUCAUGAAUACUUUGAGCAGUUCGGAGACAUUGAGGAAGCUGUGGUCAUUACAGAUCGUCAGACCCAAAAGAGCAGAGGAUAUGGAUUUGUCACAAUGAAAGAUCGUGCAGCGGCAGAACGAGCAUGCAAGGAUCCGAAUCCUAUUAUAGAUGGACGAAAAGCAAAUGUGAAUCUUGCCUACCUUGGAGCUAAACCGCGCACAAACGUGCAGUUAGCAGCACUAGCAAACCAGGUUCAAUUGCCUCUACAGACACAGCUUCAAGCUCUCUUCCCGACACGUAUUGGUAACCUAAGUUACCGAGUUACUGGUACCAUCGGUGUGGUGUCAGGGCAACGAGCAUCCCUGCUGCUGUGUUCGACGAAUCCAUAUCAUUUUAGCUGUAUGCCCUGUGGUUGA